ACUCAAUUGAUUCAUCUUUGUUAGUUAUUCAUGCAUAACAUGGUUGUCAUGGUUUCCUGUGUGGGUUGAUCAUCACACACACACAUGAUAACCUAGGUAUUGCCACUGUGGUGUGUACUCAAUUGAUUCAUCUUUAUUAGUUAUUAUUCAUGCAUAGUCGAAGUCAAAGCAAUGAAUGGGUGAUUACUAUGUUAACCAAGGGUUCUGGUCAUGGAAACUUGUAACCAUGGAAAUCAAAGAAACGUUACUAUAGAAACACGUUACUAUAUAUGGGAAAAUGUUACUAUGAAAACAUGUUACUUUGGCAACAUGUUACUAUGGAAACAUGUUACCAUAGAAACAUGUUACUAUGGAAACAUGUUACUAUGGAAACAUGUUACUAUGGUAACAUGUUACAAUGGAAACAUGUUACUAUAGAAACAUGUUACUUUGGAAACACAUUACAAUGGAAACAGGUAACAAUAACUACAACUAACUUGUGGUUGUUACUACAGGAAAAAAAUUGUGAUAUGAUUUUCAUGACAAGACAAUACUGUAAUUAACACUAUGGUCACAAUGGUGGUAAGUGGUAAAUGCUCUUUCCGAUGGAAGGUUUAUCGUUGUGAUAGCCUUUAACAGUACCUGACGGCAGAGUUAUCACUAUUUUACAUGAAGUUCAUUCUGUGGAUUCCUCCGCCCAACAUCUUGAUGUGAACACAUGUUGUCAUUCUAUUGUUUUGUGGCUCGGUCGCUUUGAAUGAAACCUACCAGUACAUGUAUGACAAGACGGGAAUGUCAACCCUGAGCCUGUAAAAAGAGACGACGAGGAAACAGACAACUUGUGGGAGGAGUUUCUGUCACCAAAUAAACUUAAAUCCUUGUCUGGUGUGAGUAAUUUGGAGGAUAUCACCUGCCUGGAAAUGCAAGUAAAUACUAAUGAACAGAGCCUGGGAAAUUUUGGUGCAAUGCUACCAAAUCUUGUUCAACUUAAAUUAUCAAACAGUGUAAUAUCCACAGUCAGAGACUUGGGGACUUCUUUGGGUAACCUGAAGAUUUUGUGGAUGUCGCAGUGUGGACUGACUGACUUGGACGGUAUUAGCUCUCUUUCAUCUCUUGUGGAGUUAUUUGUAGCAUUUAACGACAUCGGUGACGUUAGCCCAGUCAGUAUGUUGGAAAACCUAGAGGUCUUGGACUUGGAAGGAAACCUGAUUGACGACCUGUCCCAAGUAGAGUUUCUUUCACUGUGCUCGUCACUCAAGAGUCUUAAUCUUGAGGGAAACCCUGUUUGUGUUGCACCACAUGCUAACUCUUCUGCCGAGGUAAGAAUACAUGUUUUGAUAUGCCAUGUAUUCUCAGGCCAGUCCCUGAAAUAUUAUCAUCAUAUUAUUCUUUGUUUGUUAAGAUUCUUAGAGGAGGAUCAUAAGUUACCAACAAGUGCUGAUACAGAAUCUAGCCAAUCAGAAGGGGACACCCCUUUUUCCUCACCAAGAAAAACUGAAGCAGCUGACUCCAUUUCCUCGGCAUCACCAACCAUUCCUCGACCAGAAAUGUCACCCUCCCCUCCCCCACCCAAUGAACAUCAUCACAAAAGACCAUCUCCUUUGGGGAGAUCAUUACCUACGGCACCCCUGGUGGGGAGGGAUCUCCAACGACCACACACUUCUGGAGAGUUUAGGAUAAGAAGGUAUCGACAAACAUCCACAGAAGAAAAAGUAGAACGUUUACUAAAGAAUAAGUUGGAUUUGGACGUCAAUGAAAAUCAAUCGAUAUCUACGGUGGUUCCCAGGACCCCUCCAUCGGUUCAGCUGUGGUAGAGACUGAG